AAAAAAAAAGGCUCUCUCUUUCGGAUUCUCUUCUCUCUCGCCGGUGAGUGGCGACAUUGACAAUGGCGGGAAGGCAAAUCUCAGGCGAUGGCUUACCAUCCAAUCUUGCUGGAAUGACCAAAUCACAGCUCUAUGACAUCAUGUCUCAGAUGAAGACAUUGAUUGAGCAGAACCAGCAACAAGCUAGACAAAUCCUUAUUCAGAACCCGCUUCUUACCAAAGCUCUUUUUCAGGCACAGAUAAUGCUCGGAAUGGUGCAGCCACCUCAAGCGAUUCCGAAAAUUGAGCAACCACCACCGCAGCAUUCUCAGCAACCAACACAAAUUUCUCAGCAGUCUAAUAUCCAGGCUUCUCAGUCAUUGUCAGUUCAAGUGGGUCCUAAGGACCAAGCUGGUUCGUCUCAGAUGCAGACUCCUGCACGGAUGCAACCUCAGAAUCAGCCACCCGUGGCUAUCUCAACUCCCGCACUUCCUUCUGUACACAUUCAGCCUCCUCAGCCUACACCUAUACAUCCUAUGCAAACACCACAGCCUCCUAAAGUACACUCGCAUCCCCAGGCUACACCAUCAUCUCUUCCGCUUCCGAAUUUACCUUCUCAUCCUCACCAUUCUUCUUCACAGCAACCUCCUCUUCAUCAAUCCCAAAUGUCUACACCUUCGGGUCCAUUGCAACAACAAUCUAUGCAGGCAGGUGGAAUCUCUCAUUUGCCUUUACAACCGCCUUUGCCACCACAACCAAGACCGCAUUCAAUGGGGAAUUUCCAACAUCAGUAUCCUCCUCAUAUGGGGGGGUAUCAACAUGGUGGUCCUCCUCCACAGCAUCAUUCACAGCCCAUGUUUCAUUCAGGUAAUAAGCCUCCGGGCAAUGUUGGGCCUGCAUUUUCACAUCCGCAGCAUCCACAUCAAAAUCAGCCACCUCCACAGUCGAUGUAUCAGGGAGGAAACAUGCCUAUGGGAGCAGAAUUCAACAACCAAGGUGGAAAUCCGAUGCAAAUGGAUAGAGGAUCUGCAUGGAUGCCUGCUCCACCCGAAAAUUCAGCAUUAACUCAGCUUUCUGCACAUCAGCCAGUAGUUCAUGGUCAGAUGGGUCCUGGAAAUCAGCCUCCUCGGGCCCCAUCGCUGACACCUGAGAUGGAGAAGGCAUUGCUUCAACAAGUCAUGAGCCUAACACCCGAACAAAUUAAUCUUCUUCCUCCCGACCAAAGAAAUCAAGUGCUCCAACUGCAGCAGAUAUUGCGCCAAUGAAAACAGUGAAUAUGAAUUCUUUUUUCAUGGCGGCUGAAAUCUACAGAUUGGUGUUUCGUCUUCCUUGUCAUCGACAUUGAUUAGUCGGCCACUGACGGGAAUUCUUGAAGUUUGACUCACAAUUCAUGAAAAUAGGUUAUGGCUCUCAAUGCUAUAGUAGUGCUCACCAUAGUUACUAUGCCUCUAAUUUGUGAAGUUCUGUUCAAGUAAAGUACUUGUAACUCUGCCAUAUAUAUCUAUUCUUUCAUUUUGGUCAAUUAAACAUUAAAAGACACAAACAUUCUUCAUCAUGAUCAUUCAAUAUAUGAUCACACAUGAAUAAUAUGAUCAAAAUUUCAUCUUUAA